UCGAGUCAUACUUGUCUACCAAAGAGAAAAAAAGAAAAAAAAAAUUGUGGAUGUGAAGUCCUUUCUUGACUUGUAAGUCAAGUCUAUUGUAUUUUGAUACAGCAUAUGUGGUUAAGAUCCAAUCAUUCAAGGGAAGGAUCACUUUUGGCUUCUGCUUGCAGCAAUCUCUCUCUUUUGUUGCAAUUUUAUAAAGAGAUGGAUACGAAAAUUCUACUCUGCUAUACGUUGAGAUUUUUGUUAUGCUGUACCUUCAUUGCUUGUAUUUCCAUGGCGUCUCACACCAUCUCUCCAGGUCAAUCUCUCUCCGGGGCACGAACAAUCACUUCUCCAAGUGGAGCAUUUGAGCUGGGUUUCUUCACACCAGGUAAUUCUCGAAACAGUUACGUAGGCAUUUGGUACACAAAUGAAACCAUUAAGACCGUAGUUUGGGUCGCAAACAGAAAACAACCUGUUUCUGAACCGAAACUUUCAGUAUUAGCACUUGUCGAAAAUGGAAACUUGAUCUUAAGUAGCCCCUCCGAAGUUGCAAUAUGGUCGACUAAUUCAAGAUCAAAGGUCUCUAAUUCGAGUGUAGCAAAGCUUCUUGACAAUGGGAACUUUGUCAUAACAGAUGCAUUUGAUUCGUCUGUUGUUAUAUGGCAGAGUUUCGAUCACCUGUCGGAUACUUGGCUGCCGGGUGCUGAGUUGGGAUACAAUCGGACCGAGAAAAUACUAGUUCUUACAUCCUGGAGAAACGUGGAAAGUCCUGCACCUGGUCCUUUUUCUUUUGAGCUGGAUAGUUACCCAUUAAUUUGCCUGACUAUCGUGGUGCCUUUAUUAGAGGCACACUUGAAAUCAAUGGUCAGCUCAGGUUUUAUGCCAUGCACCAAGGCUAUGGGGGAUGGACCUUUCGGUUCUCCUGCUUGUGGUUGCCCCGAAGGAUUUGAACCCAAGGUCAUGGAAAAUUGGAGACUAGAAGACUUCUCAGAUGGCUGUGUGAGGAAAACUCCUUUUCACUGCAGUCCUGGGGAAAGAUACUCAUUUUUGGCAAUAACUAAUGUUGCAUAUGGAUAUCCUAAUAAGUAUGAGACAAUUUCGAAUGGGAUGUAUAUAAUGUACGGGGAACAUCCGAAUCAAGUUAUAAUUCGGUACGGCAUAGGAUUAAAAAUACCGCUUGUGCAUCCUACAAGUGAGACGAAGAGAAAGACUACUUGGAUUGUACUUGGAGUACUUGCAGGGUUCUUUUCCAUCUUAAGUGCUGUCACUCUCAUGGUAUUUUUUAGAAGGAGAUGGUCAGCGGCAGCAUUGGCGACUACUAAUGAUUCUUUGGUGCUUUACAAGCAUAGAGAUUUAAGAAGAGCAACAAAGAACUUCUCCGAAAAACUCGGAGAAGGAGCCUUUGGUUCUGUAUUCAAGGGGAUGCUGCCUAACUCAACAGCCAUAGCAGUGAAACAGCUGAAAUGUAUGGACCAGGGAGAGAAACAAUUUCGUGCUGAAGUGGGAACUAUCGGUGUAAUCCAACACAAUAAUCUUAUUCGCAUGCGGGGAUUCUGCACGAAUGCUUCAAAGAGGUUUUUGGUUUAUGACUACAUGCCAAAUGGUUCUCUGCAAUCUCUUCUACUUGGAAAGAACCCGACAAUGUUAGAUUGGAAGGCUAGAUAUCACAUUGCAGUAGGGACUGCCAGAGGAUUGGCUUACCUCCAUGACGAGUGCAGAGACUGCAUAAUACACUGCGAUGUUAAGCCGGAGAACAUCUUGUUGGAUUCAGAAUACAGUCCGAAAUUGGCAGAUUUUGGUCUUGCGAAACUUCUGGGGAGACAUCACAGCCGGGUUUUGACAACCAUGAGAGGAACUGUGGGCUAUCUCGCACCAGAAUGGUUUUCGGGUGAAGCCAUCACGCCAAAAGCCGAUGUGUUUAGCUAUGGCAUGUUGCUGAUUGAGGUCAUAUCAGGGAGGAGAAACAGAGAAGGGUUAGAUGACGGGAUAGAAAACUUCCAUCCUAUCCGCCUCGCGAAUGCAGUUAAUAAAGGGGAAGAUGUUUUCGCCUUGUUGGAUUGCAGGUUGGAAGGCAAAGCUGACAGAGAUGAACUAAGUAGAGCGUGCAAAGUGGCUUGUUGGUGCAUUCAAGAAGAUGAGAAGGAUAGGCCAACAAUGAGGCAGGUGAUUCAAAUUCUUGAGGGAGUUUCGGACAUCGGUGUUCCGCCAGUCCCGCAGUUCCUCCAGCGCCUUAUCGGAGGUCCAUCAGAAGGCAUUAAGUACCAGGAGACUACGUCCGGUUCGGGUUCAUGGUCAUGCUCCGAUGUCCAAAGUGCAUUUCAAGCCCAAGUCAGCAACUGUGCAACUAAAAGUCAUGAGGAUGAGAUGAAGAACGUGAGGGUUCUUGUAUUAUGAUUGUAUGUUUAACGUUGUGUUGAAGGUAGUAAGUUUUUGAAUAUUUCCAGUUCAACAAAUGUUGGUAAUGUAAUGAGAUAUUAUUAAAUAAGGGAAACGAUUUUCGCGUU